GGAGCUGCCACGUAAUGUUGUGUGUGCUGUUCGCUCUUUCGCUAUUUGCUGCUAUUGUCCUGCCGUACCACAAGACCGCACGGAUAAUAAGUGGCAAUUCGGGCAAUGCACGAAUCUGAGUCUAUUUAUUCCUAAUUUCGGAUGACUCGCGUCACUAAUAAAGUGAUUUGAAAGCAACAAAAUGUCUCAACCAAGCAGCUAUCAGUAUCCAUUGUAUACAGAACCCAACAAUUCCUUAAAAAAUAAUCCAUCACCAAUAGUAAAUGGUCAAAAUUCUGUACCUCAGCAAAAUGGCAUGCAAUCUCCUCAGUUCAAUUUAGCUGGUACACCAUCAUCGCAAUCAUCACGCGAUCCGUCCAGGGAGACUUCUAGAGAUCCGUCACCAACUCAAUAUCUUCACAAUCAAUAUCGACCUCAGUUGUCUCGGCCACCGAUGCCACCGAUAAGUGGGCCUCAAAGUGUGUUGCCUCCACCAUCUAGAACAUCACAACUAUACAGUUCUGUAAAUCCUAGUGGUCAUAGUCAGUAUAUUCCCAGUGCUCAACAGAGCAAUAUCCCUCUUCAAAGUACACCGUCAACUGAGUUCACAUCUCAGCUCAGCCAAGAAAUUCAGCACAGAUCCAUGAUUUCUACGAGUCAGAUAUCUCCACUGGUUAAGAAACCGGAAUCUUCAUCAUCCUCGACGUCCUCGGAUCCUGUUAAAUCAGAGCACGUUCAAGCGAAUCAAAAUUCUCAAUGGGCGCUUAAUCCUCCGCCUUCUAACAUUCCACAGAGCACUGUGAGCGGAAUAUCCAGUAGCAUCGAUAAGACUAGUCAAGUCUCCGUAGCUCAAACUGUGGCGAGUCAAACACUUUUCACUAGAGUAAGCAAGACUUCGGCACACGAUCAAAGUCAUUCUAUUCCUCCUUCACACACGUCCAAUAUACCUUCUUCGAACAUCGCUCCGAAUCAAAACAGCCACGUACAACAAAAUCUAGCGACCUUCAGCGAACAAUCCACGAGAACUCAGAAUGUUCUAACGCAAUCGGCAAUUGGUUCUUCCGAAAACAGUUCUCAAUUUAAGUACGGAGAUUCACAGAAUGUAUUCAGUACGUCGUCAAUGACAAGCCUUGGUGCGCAAAAUGUAUUCAGUACGGCAUCAAUAGCGAACCCCAGUGCGCAGAACUUGUUCUCCACGUCGCAAGCUCACAAUAUAGGUUUACGAAAUCCUCAGGAUUAUUCCUCGCUUUCUCAGCCUCAACAAAAUUUACUUACUGGCUACGCGGGACAGAAUGUACAUCAAAAUCUGCCUGGUCAGAGAAAUUAUCCGCAACAGGAUACUGUUGCACUAUCAGGACCUCCAAGAACUAUUGCGCCGCCUUCGACAGCAAAUCAGAUGCAUAGCGUGAAACCACCGCUAUCGGGAAUGCCGCCUCCCUCGGGACAUCAGAUGUAUGAUGCUCGUUCUCAGUAUCUCAGUCCAAAUGUACCGUUAGACUCGAAUCUAAAUAGAAGAUAUCCCAGUACGUAUCCUGAUCAAUUUAACCAAGUAAAUCAUCAGAUGAGCAAUAUGAAUAUCGCCCAAGGUGGCUUUAACAAAUUAUGGGGAGUGGAAUCAAUAGAUCUUUUACAAUGCAGAAAUGUACUGCCACCUGAAAAAGUCGAGCCACCAAAGAUCAACUUGCAUCAAGAAUUCCUGAAUAGCAUUAAUUGUAGUCCUGAUAUAUUCAGGUGUACACUGACGAAGGUUCCAGAAUCGAAUGCGCUUUUACAGAAGUCACGAUUGCCAUUCGGCGUGUUGAUACAUCCCUUUAAAGAUCUAAUUCAGCACUUGGCGGUAAUUCAGUGUAAUACUAUCGUGCGUUGUCGAGUUUGUAGAACAUACAUCAACCCGUUUGUAGACAUUAUUGAUUUGAGAAGAUGGAAAUGCAAUCUUUGCUCUAGGCUCAAUGAACUUCCUGAAGAGUUUUUAUUCGAUCCUGUGACAAAAUCGUAUGGCGAUCCAUUACGACGGCCAGAGGUCAGAACUGGUACAAUAGAGUUUAUUGCACCAAGCGAAUACAUGGUCCGUCCGCCUCAACCUGCUGUUUACCUCUUCGUGAUGGAUGUUUCUCGUCUUGCGGUGGAGAGUGGCUAUUUGCAAAUUGUCUGCAACACGAUCACCGACGAACUGUCGCGUCUGCCAGGCGAUAGUCGCACGCAAGUCGGCUUUCUUGCUGUUGACUCCGCUCUGCACUUCUUCAGUAUGCCCGAUAACGUUUCGCAGCCGCACGAAAUGAUCAUGCUGGACAUCGAUGACGUAUUUUUACCGUGUCCAGAGAAUCUGAUUGUCAAUCUGAGAGAACGUGAAGAACUCUUGCGCGAUCUUCUCGCUCAGCUGCCCAGCAAGUUCUGCGGCACUCACGACACUAACAGCGCUCUCGGGGCCGGCCUUCAAGCCGCGUUCAAGCUACUCUCCCCCACUGGAGGUCGCGUUACCGUGUUUCAGACGUGUCUGCCUAAUCUCGGCCCAGGUGCCUUGCACCCGCGCGAAGACCCCAACACCAGAACAAACAAGGAUGUGCCACAUCUCAAUCCCGCAACGGACUUCUAUAAGAGGUUCGCUCUGGAUUGCAGCGGACAGCAGAUCGCGAUCGAUUUGUUCUUGUUAAACAGUCAGUACAGCGAUCUAGCGACUUUGUCAUGUAUGUCAAAAUUCACGGGCGGUUGCAUUCAUCAUCUGCCCCUGUUUCGAGCGUCGAAGUUGCAAAGCGCCGAGACGCUGGAGAGAGUGCUCCGCCGUUACUUGACUAGGAAGAUCGGUUUCGAAGCAGUGAUGCGGCUUCGUUGCACCCGCGGUCUCAACAUCCACGCGUUCCAUGGCAGCUUUUUCGUUCGCUCGACCGAUCUUCUUGUCUUGCCGAACAUCAAUCCGGACGCCGGCUUUGGCAUGCAAAUCUCCAUCGACGAGAAUCUGUCUGAUUUGCAGUACGUGUGCUUCCAAGCAUCUCUUCUUUAUACCUCGAGCAAAGGUGAACGAAGAAUUAGAGUACAUACUUUGUGUCUGCCGGUUGUGGCAAACUUAUCGGACGUCAUGCACUCCGCGGAUCAGCAAUGCAUAAUAGGCUUGUUGUCAAAAAUGGCUGUCGAUCGAUCACUUCAGUCGUCUUUGUCGGACGCGAGAGACGCAUUAACCAAUGUCGCUAUCGACGUCUUGUCCGCAUACAAGGUGUUACAAUCUUCCAGCACUGGAGGACUUCUUGCUCCAGGAAGUUUAAAGUUGUUACCGCUAUAUAUCAUUGCGCUGUUAAAAACCAUAGCUUUCAGGUCCGGCACAAACACGCGCUUGGACGAUCGUGUGUUCUUUAUGUUCCAAUUGAAAACAUUACCGUUAGCGCAGUUGAUGCAGAUGAUUUAUCCGGAUUUAUACGCCGUGCAUGCGCUUGACGAUCGCAACUCAAAGGACAUCGACGGCAAGGUUUGUCCGCAGCCACCGCGGAUUCAUCUAUCCGCGGAGAAACUCGACUUCCGAGGUGUGUUUCUGAUGGACGCCGGCGAUAGGAUCUUCAUUUACGUCGGGAAGAACGUCAAUCCGCUUUACUGUUCUAAAUUAUUCGGAGUUCCGGGAUUUGCAGCUAUCCCGGAAGAAAUGUACGAGUUGCCACAGUUGGACACAGCGGAAAAUGAACAGUUGCGAAAUUUCGUAUUCAGUUUGCAAGAAGAAAAGCCGCACUACGCGCCUAUACAAAUUAUCAGGGAUGAUAGCCACUUUAAAACAUUGUUCGUCGAACGAUUGAUAGAAGACCGAUUUGAAUCAUCUCUUAGUUAUUACGAGUUCUUGCAGCAUCUUAAGACACAAGUAAAGGAGUGACCGACGUAAGGAAUUAUUUAAAAAGUAAAACAACUAGGUGGUGCCGAAAGUGUUAUAAUUAUUAGGAUUUGUAAAUCAUGGAGUCAUCGCAACAAGAACUAAGGAAUCGCGUGAUCACGAGUCCGUCACGGUGCAUCGAUUGGUGGUGGGUCAUAUGAACAAACAUGUCGCGCGAUUCAAAUUUCUACUUAUGCCAUCUACUUAUGUUAACAGUGAUAGCCUUAUUGAAAGACACUGACGCAUUUAAUUAUAGAUUGUAAUUAUUGUUAUUAUCAUUAGCAAUAUUAUGAUCCUCUAUCGACGAUAACUGCAAUGUACUAAUAUAAAUGUAUUUUAUUGCGCGUAUCCAUUUUAAGUAUCGGUUUGUCACGUCAGAAGCGAGAAACGACGUAACGUAGUACGUAGUAACUAUUGCUACCUACAGAGCUUAAAAUUCUACUUUUUCGACAAACAAUAUUGUUACAAUUCUGAAACCUGCAAAAUAUAUCAAGAACUUUGUCACAUCUGACGAUGUGAUUUUCACGAUUUAAACAAUGGCCAAAGUAGCUAUACUUGUUUUUUCUCAACUGUUACUGGCGAUUGAGAAAACAGUUAAGCUGUCACAUUCAAUUUUUCGAUUUUCGCAAUGCAUCUUCGCUUGAAUUAAGUUUGCGGCAUAUAUACAGGCAAGAGCGUUUAUGCAUUUACAUAUAAAAUUGUACAAAUAAUGCCUCAAUAAUAUCUUAAGUGAAAAGCACAACUUUAUGUGUAAAAGCAUUAACAUCCCGUUCUGUACUUCGCAUAAUAUUAAGUUUUUACUGGUGUAUAGGGUGUCAUCUUCGUACACCCACUAAGCCAUCACAAUACCAGAUAUUAACUUUUUAUGAAAAACUAAAAGAUGAGAGAAGAACUCGCGAAAAUCGUACGUUAUUUCUUGCCUUUGACGUCACAAACUAAUGCGACUGCACGACAGCUGGUCUCUAUUCUUCUCUGAAGAAUUUCUUCGUUUCAGCUCGUCUAAGUGAAUAAUAUCGGAUUUUUUACGAUUUUGAGGUAUAACUAUUAUAAUCCGCGAAAUUCUUGUUUAUUUAGCAAGGAAGUCUUUUUUUAAAGAACAAUAAUUGGUAUUAAAAUAAUUAACGUGUUUUUUCUUAGAUGAUACACGUUCACAUAAAUAAUUUGAGAUUUCGUUUGUCUCAUAUAUUCUACAUAUUUUCUGAAUCUUCGUAUUAUUCGAUCGAUACGGAUUGUUGUAUAUCGUUAUUACGAUCGCAGUUUACUGUACAAGUGUUCUUAUCUCAUCUCUGAAAUCGUAAAAAAAUAUUAUUUACGAAUAUAAUUGUACGUAUAAAAGGAAUGGAAUAUUAACGGAAUUGAGUGCAAGUUCACAUUUUCGGUAUAACAAUGAUAAAAUUUGUAGAACGCGCGUUGCGAAAAUGUUUUAUGGUGAUGAACAAUGUACUUCGCAUUUUAAUCACCAAACAACAAAAAUUUAUAUAAUAAGUAGAAACACAACACACAUAAAAACUCCGUGAACAAGUUACAUAAUAUUAAUCACUAUAUAUGUCAUUCGCGUUAGACAGUGACAUGUUGUUAAUCUACCUACGUUGUAAAAUUAGAUUUUGCAGCGAAUAAAGUAGAAAAUGAUAAUUAUGAAACACACACUCGAACUGAACUCGUUGCAAUCGAAGAAUUAUUGCAAGUGAACUAAUUAAGUAAUUAAUUGUAAAAAGAUAGGCAAAAUGAAUUUCACAUGAGUGUAAGAUAACAAUUGAUCGUUGGGGUGAUUGAGCUCUCGUCUUAUAAAAGACUUUAUAAGCAAAUAAAGUUAUAGAGAACAGUAUAGACACAA